AUGGCGAGAGUAUAUCAAGCUUGGUACACCAAAGAAGAUCAAGUCUCCCCUCUGUGUUUCAGGCUGACGCAAGAGCAACUCGAUAAAGAAAAAGAGAGGGAUGUAAACAUCAAAAAUAUGUUGUCACAGAUGGAAGAUCUACAAGAGCACAUGAAAGGCAACUGUGAAAUAUUUUGCGCAGAGGGGGGUUCUUUUUCCGAUAACUUAAAAUCGGGAGGGAAUCAUGGUCAGAACCACAGAAGGAAUGAGGAGGGUUUCCAUCCACACCAUCAACCGCGGGUUGGAAAUCAAGGUUGGAACCACCCUAGAGGUGAAGGACCUAGGCGAUAUUUCCUAGAGUGGAUUGAGCAUGAAGAUUAUGAAGAAUACCAAACUCAAUUGAGUGACCGCCCGACAUCAAGGGAGAGUGACAGCAGCCCUAGGGUGAAUGAUCUACUGACACAAAUCCUUGAGAAAGUUGAAGGUUCUGAUGAUUUGCUAAAGAUAAUAAGAGAUGAUUUUUCUUCACUAAAUAGCAAGGUGAACUCUUAUGCUAAUGCCAUCAAGAUGCUAGAAGGUCAAUUGAAUCUCCUAUUGGCUAAACUAACAACCAAGAUGCCAAAGGAAAAUGGGGAAGAAGAGCUGGCUGUAAUUACCCGUAGCGGGAAGGUAGCGUUAGGUAACGAAGGAGAAGAACGUGAGGAAAAUCAGGGUGGGGAAGAAGGAGAAGUUAUCGAUCAUCAAAACAUCAGCAACAAAGCACAAGAAGAAAUGAAUCAACACAAUGAGACUUCAAAAAUAAUGCAACCUUUACCCAAAAUACAUCCACCUUUUCCCCAGCGUUUGAAAAAGAAGAAUGAAGAUGAGAGGUUUAAAAAAUUCUUGUCUGUGUUUAAAAAGUUGUCCAUCAACCUUCCUUUGGUAGAAGCAUUGCUGGAGAUGCCAGGGUAUGCUAAAUUCAUAAAAGAGUUAGUCACCAAGAAGAGGAUCUUGGAUUAUGAAACGAUUGAAGUACCUCAUAGUUGCAGUGCGAUCGUGACAAAUGAGUUAAUCACUAAAAGGGACGACCCUGGUUCUUUCACCAUCCCAUGUACUAAUGGAAUGCUCCAAUUUGCCAAGGCUUUAUGUGACCUAGGAACAAGCAUCAACCUGAUGGCAUACGCCAUAUAG